AUGAAAACAACAAGAUUAACCCGAAAAGCCCAUGACAUCAGAUCAGAGGCAUCUGCUGCAGAGCAUCAGACCCUUCGCCAAGUGAAGGCAGAAGUACGAAAUUGGUUGGAAAAUGUGCAGACUGUGGAUAACCAAGUUAAGGAUAUUCUGGAGCAGGCAGGAAGAGAUAUGAACAUUUUUGUAGAUUUCUUUUAUCGCGCAUGGUUAGGGAUCGUUCAUGUCGACAAGAAACUUCAGCAAGUAGAACAACUCUUGGAUACUGGAACGUCUUUACAGACUGCUCCGUUGAUAUCUAAUGUAAGACCGGAGCUUCCUUAUCUGACUUCCAACCUAAUAGGUAGCGAAGCAUUCGGUAAUAUCAAGAAAGUGUUGGAGUUUAUAAAAUCAGAUCGGAUAUCAUGUAUUGGUGUUCAUGGAGCACAAGGUACAGGCAAAACAGAAAUCGUUAAGCAUAUCUACAACCGACUAUUAGUAAACACGAAUGUUUAUUAUGUACAAAUUAGGGAGAAUAUCACGAACCAUGAGUUGUCGACCAUGAUUGCUCGAACACUUGGGUUAGAAUUAGCUGAAGAGGAUGAAGGUAGGCGGCCUGAUUUUUUAUACAGAGCUUUGAGAAGUAAAGGGAAAUUUGUUCUUAUACUAGAUGGUUUAAUAAGAGAUUUCAGAUCAUUUGAAGUAGGUAUCCCUGUGCAUCCAAAUGGGGGAAAAUUGAUUUUCACUACACGGUCACCAAAUGUUUCGCGAAGAAUGGAGUCACAAGAAACAAUCGAGCUGCAGCCGUUGUCAGAAGAUGAAGCACAUGAGCUGUUUCGAAAAGAGGUGCAGAUGAGUGAAUAUGACUCGGAAGAAAUGGAAGGCGUAGCACAUCGUAUCUUACAACAAUGUGGGAAUGUACCUGGCGUUAUUAUUCGUAUAGCAGAUAUGUUGAAAAGGGAACAUGAUAUCCAUGUAUGGUGGAACACUUUGGAUGAACUGCAACAACACUUGUAG